CAGAAAUGAUCGACAAUGAUUGACCAAAAGCACAUCCAAGUUAUCCAAGUGGAAAAUGUUGAGAUAAGGCACUCUCCACAGCCACUCAUAAUCACAGACACAGCAAUCACCACAGAGAAACCAAAACUAUAUUGUCAGAUUCCAGAAAAGCAAGCAGAAGGCAAAGAAAGAACUUGGCUAGCUAAGGAUCAAGCAAAUACAAUGGCUCAAGCAAUGUCAUCAAUGGCAGGUAGCCUUCAACUCAGUGGCUCCACACGUUUGCAUGCCAAAAGGGUGUCUUCAGUCACACGUGCAGGAUUCGCAGUUAGAGCACAACAUCAACAAGAACAAGUACUAAAAAGGGUUUUACUGUUUUGGGCAGUGAACUUUCCUUGCGCUGUACAAGGAACUAUAUUUUCUCAGAGGAAACAAUUAUCUCAUGGAUGCACAAACCAAAAUUCAAAGGAUUAUUACCUAAUGCAGGAUAGUUCCAUGUUGCGUUCUGAAAAAUCAUUGAGGAGAACACUCUUCCUUUCUGUCUUGGUCUCAACUGGUUUUUUCCCAACUUUGUAUUCUUAUGCAAAGACAAAGAGUAAGAAUCCUUAUGAUGAAAAACGAUUGCUAAAACAAAAUCAGCGGAUACAGAAGGAAAACAAUGCGCCAGAGGACUUCCCAAAUUUUAUUAGAGAAGGUUUUGAAGUUAAAAUAGUAUCUUCAGAGAACUAUGUAAAGAGUAACUCGGGACUCAUAUACCGAGAUUUUGUAGUUGGUCAAGGUGAUUGCCCAAAGGAUGGUCAGCAGGUCACUUUUCACUACAUUGGUUAUAACGAAUCUGGUCGUCGAAUUGACAGCACUUACUUGCAGGGUACUCCUGCCAAAAUCCGCAUGGGUACCAAGGCAUUAGUUCCAGGAUUUGAGGAGGGAAUCAGAGACAUGAGACCAGGUGGGAAGAGAAGAAUCAUCAUCCCCCCUGAACUUGGACCACCAGUAGGACCUUCAACCUUUUUCAGCUCAAAACAGUUUGAAGUUUUUGAUGUGGAGCUAUUAAGCGUGCAAAAUUGUGAAAGGAGGACCGUAGCCUUUUACUCAGAUGUAAUUUGCAAUUGAGAGAAGGCUGCCAUUUGAGUUGUCUAAAUCAUGACCACUGAAGGCAUAAAGCACAGAUUAUUCUAGUUAGGAACUUAAUUAUGAUUGUACUAUAUAGAGAUAGCAACACACAACCUUUUAGCUUUUUUCUUUGAGGCAAUCAUAAUCUAACAUUGUUAAGAUUUUUCUCUA